AUGGGAGAUCCUGCAGCCAACGUGGUACGUUUUGCCAAAGCUAUAGAAGAGGAGCAGCCGCUGCUCUUGCGAGGGAUCCGGGAGCUGUCUGUGCCGUCCCUGCCGCAUGCUGAGUCUGGACUACACCGAAUCAUCAGGGAGUGGGGUAUGGCCCUUCCCAUCGAUAUAUACCUUUUUAACAAGGGUAUUCUGUUUGCUCCAAUGUGCCUGCCUUCCAGAAUCCUGGAGUUCUACCUUUGCAAAAAGCCUCAUAUUCUGUUUGGUGGCUUUGAUCGAAACCAUUUCGCUUUGGAUGCCUUCCUGCAAAGCUUCUGGGAAGGCUACAGGUACGAGGAUGCGGACCAUCAGGUAUUCCAGGUUCAUGGAAAUCGACUGCAUCGAUGUUUCCCCAUUUGUAUCUAUGCUGACGAAGGACGUGGGUUGCGGAAGGCCCCAAUACAGGUCGUGGCCCUUGAGACAUUGUGGGGUCUAAAGACGUUUUCUGCUUGUGAGAAACUUGCGAAAGCUCGUGGCUGGAACAGCCAAACUUUCUGGGAAGCAUCGGACCACACUGGACGUGGGUCGUCGCUAACUUCUCGGCUGUUGCUGUAUGUUCUUCCUCAUGGAGCAUACAAAAAGAAGCAAAAGCAUUUCUGGUACGAUACAUUCGGUGCUCCUGUGCAAGAUUUGGCGAAGCUGUUCACUUCAGGAAUCACAGAUCGGAAUGGGGAGACCUGGUUCCCCAUUUUGAUAGGUGUUAAGGGAGACGCUCCAGCGCUCAACAAAAUCGGGAAUUUCACUAGAAGCUUCUUGCGAAUCAUUGGAAACAAAGGAGUUUGCCACUUGUGCAUGGCCGGCACACCUGGCCACAUGUGGGAAGAUAUGCGAAGUUCGGCAAGUUGGCAUGGAACAAUUUGCCAAGAACGGCCAUGGACGGAUCGAAAUCCAUCGUGCGUACUUCCCAUACCUUUCAGCUUGCAGGAGCCGGAAAAGGUAUUCAGAUCGGACUGCAUGCAUUUGGUGAAGCUGGGCGUGGCCCGGCAUUUCAUUGCCUCAUGUGUGGUGGCAUUGGGCGACUGGGACAUCUUUAAUGGCAGUGCUCAGAGCAUGGCUUCGCUGUUGGAGCUUUCGCACAGCGAUUUUGUAUGGUGCUGCAAACAUGAGAUCAGGCAAACACCACAUCUGAAGCUUUUUUCCAAAGAAGGUUUCCACUGGCCUCGCCGGACAAGCUACCCGUGGGGCGGCUGGAAAGCUGCAGAUUCUCUGAUGCUGGCACGGUGGCUUUUGUUGGUGCUGCGACAGGGGGCUGUGAAGCCGGACGGGACAGGGCGUUCAGGGGUCACCUAUUUGAGUGACCCAGAGAAGGGGCAUAUCUUCAGAGCAAUGGAAGAUGCAUGCUGCAGCAUUCUACGUUUCUUCCAGAUCAUCCACAAGAAUGGGCUCUUGGCGCAAGCAGCUGCUGAUUCGGUGCAGUUGUUUUGUCAGAGCUACACAUUCCUGGCGCGAGAGUUUAGCAAGCUCGCCAAAUUUCUGUUCCAUUUGGAACCUGCUCUUCAUAUGUUCCGACAUGUUGGGCUUCGAAUUGAAACGAUUCUUCGAACUGGCGCACCUGCAGUAAUUUCUCCGGCAGCCUACUUGACCGAUCUAUCGGAAGACUUUAUCGGAGUGUGUAGUAGAAUUUCCAGGCGGGUGGCCGCCAGAACGUGCGGCCAUCGAACUCUUCAAAGAAUGCUAAUCCGCUAUCAUUUGGAGUUCGAGAAGCUGGGCUUGUAG